CUUUGUGCUUGUGUGUUGUCCAUCCAAUAUUGCCUACCUCCGUUCCAGGCCCUUCCUCUCACCCGCCCCCCAAAAAAUCCACCAAGAAAGGAACCUCCCUCAAUUGCAGCCUGGCCCCUUCGGAAGGGCGCUGCACGCGGCGGCCCGACGACAAGUGCGCAUAGCCGUACCAUCGUCGACCAUGGCUCCCCAAGCUCGAGCAAAGUCUUGGACCCUCUUGUUUGUUAUCCUAUUGCUUGACGGAGCGGCAACCACCUUCGGUGCCUCCUCGGAAGCCGAUGUCCUCCUCAAGUUCAAGAGCUCCCUGGAAGAUGACAAGAAAGCGUUGGCCAAUUGGAAUGGUGGCUCCCCGUGCAUCGGUGACCAGGCAAAUUGGAUCGGCAUCCUUUGCACGAACGGCAGCGUGUGGGGGCUGCAACUCGAGAAUAUGGGGCUCGAGGGUGAGAUUGACGUGGACUCCCUGAUGGGCUUGCCGUCUUUGAGGACUCUGAGCUUCAUGAACAACAGCUUCGACGGCCCGAUGCCCGAGAUCAAGAAGCUCGGGGCUCUGAAAUCCGUGUUCCUGUCAUACAACCAUUUCUCAGGGGAGAUCCCUGCCAAUUCCUUCGCGGGUAUGUCGUAUUUGAAGAAACUGCAUUUGGCGGGAAACCAGUUCAGGGGUGCCAUACCUUCGUCAUUGAAGCAAUUGCCGAGGCUUUUGGAGCUGAGGCUCGAAGGGAACCAAUUCACGGGACGGGUCCCGGAAUUUGAGCAGAGCGAUCUCUUGCUUUUGGAUGUAUCCAACAAUGAAUUGGAUGGUCCGAUCCCGGCAAGCCUUGCUAACAUGAACUCGAGCUCAUUUUCAGGCAAUAAAGGAUUGUGCGGAGCACCGUUAAGUCCGUGCACGACUGCAGAUGCUCCAGCAUCACCAGAUAAAAAGGGCAGCUCAAGUUCCACCGCCAUCAUGAUUUUUGCAAUCGUAGCCUGUGUACUCUUCUUGAUCACCCUUGUCUUGCUGAUCUUGUGCCUGCGAAGGCGGAACCGGACCUCACAAUCGAUCGAGGCCCCUCCACCGUCCAACCUGCAGAAGAAGGCGAGCUUCAAGGAAGAUAGCCAUAUCAGGCACGGCUCUUCCGACCACUCCAGUAAUGGCAAGAAGGCCGAGAACUUCAAGCUGUCAUUCGUCAGGGACGACCGAGAGAAGUUCGACCUGCAGGACUUGCUGAAAGCGUCGGCAGAGAUAUUGGGGAGCGGGUGCUUUGGGUCAUCUUACAAAGCAGCCCUGUUUAGUGGGACCGCCAUGGUGGUCAAGAGGUUCCGGCAAAUGAAUAAUGUUGGCAGAGAGGAGUUCCAAGAACACAUGAGGAGGCUGGGCAGGCUGAGACACCCCAACUUGCUUUCUCUUGUGGCUUACUACUACAGAAAGGAAGAGAAGCUCUUGGUGUCCGAUUACGUUGAGAACGGAAGCUUGGCUGUUUAUCUACACGGUAAUCAUGCUCGAGGCAAGCCCGCUCUUGACUGGCCAACGAGGCUGAAGGUCGUUAAGGGAGUGGCCAAAGGACUUGCCUAUCUCUACAAUGAACUCCCCAGCCUCAUUGCCCCGCACGGUCACCUCAAGUCCUCCAAUGUCCUCCUCUCCGAAUCCUUCGAGCCUCUUCUCACUGACUACGGACUCAUCCCCGUGAUCAAUCAGGAAAACGCUCAAGACCUCAUGGUUGCCUACAAGUCGCCCGAAUACCUUCAGAACAAGCGCAUCACAAAAAAGACCGAUGUCUGGAGCCUUGGAAUCCUUAUCCUGGAGAUCCUGACAGGAAAGUUCCCUGCGAACUUCCUGCAGCAGGGUCAACAGGGAAGCGAUCAGGAUGACUUGGUGACGUGGGUUAGGUCGGUUGCUGGGGAAGCUGAUCAGUGGCCGGCCGAGGUGUUUGACAAGGAGAUGAGGGCCAAGAGCGGGAGUGAGAGCGAGAUGCUCAAGCUCCUGAAGAUUGGUUUGAGGUGUUGCGAGGUUGAUGUCGAGAAGAGGUGGGACCUGAGGGAGGUCGUGGGGAAGAUCGAGGACGUGAGAGAGAAGGACAGCGACGAGGACUUCUACUCUUCUUACGCAAGCGAAAGUGAAGUUCGCUCGUCGAGGGGGCUAUCUGAUGAAAUCAGUUACUCUAUCCCCAUCUGAAGCAAUUCGUAGAAUUUCGAGUUUGAGAAGCGAUCUGACAUUUUAGAGGAGGAAUUUAAGUGUUCUACAAGUUGAUACUAGCUAGGGGGUGGCUGAUUUUGUACCUUUUGUCAAAAUUCAUUCAUAUAUAAGGGGGCAAAAGUUGCUGCGGAUCAUGAUCAAGGUGGGGUUGGUCGAACGAUUUGUUUAAACGCGGUCUGAACUAAUGAGAACACUUGUUGUAAUUUUUUCUUUUUUGUUCAACUCAGGCAACAACAAGAGAAUGCUAUUACUGUA